AUGGGUGUCAAAGUCUUCCCACACCAGGAACAAGUUAUGUCAUACCAGCCAAUGGAGAACCAGAUGAACCCAUGGUAUUUCAUGUACCAACCAGUUUCCUACAGACUUCAGGGCAGAAUGGGUACUCGCGAUCAGCUCAGAAACAUGAUCAACACAUGCAGAGCAUUAGGUGUUAGAGUUUACGCUGAUGCAGUUGUUAACCACAUGUCUGGAAAUGGCAACGACUUAUCCAACCACAGAAAUCCAGGAGCUGGCUGCACAACAUGGGGCAACAAGACAUCAUCCGCUUACGAGAAUGGCUCACCAUACUACACACCAGCUUACACAUACGAGACAAAUCCAAAUACUGGCAGAGGCACAAACGUAUUAGAAUUCCCAGGUGUUCCAUACGGCCCAGAAGAUUUCCACUGCGACAAAGCUCUCAACUCAUGGAACGAUCCAAAUAUCCUCGACAGUGGCUGGCUUUCUGGCUUAUCUGAUUUGGAUACUUCCAAGGAAUACGUCAGACAGAGAAUUGCUGACUUCAUGGUCGACCUCAUCUCCAUUGGUUUCUCUGGCUACAGAAUUGAUGCUGCUAAGCACAUCAGACCACAAGAUUUAGCUGCUAUCUUCGGAAAAGUAAAGCAAGGCUUAGGUGGUCAGUUACCAGAUGACUUCAUCUCAUGGUUAGAAGUUCUUACAGGUGGUGAAUCCCAGUUGUUGGUCCAAGGUGAUGGCGACUACUCAUUCACAGGUGGCCUCACAAAGUAUCUUAAGCAGAAUGGCCUUUCUGACGAAGAAAUCCUUAAGGUCAAGAUCUGGUGGAGUGGAUAUCCAACAGAACCAUGGAAUGAUAAUGGAUUCCUUGAUAUCAGACGUAAAGUUAUCCAGAAUGAUGACCACGAUCAGCAGAAUGAAGGAUCAUCAUCUAGAGAUAUGCACGACAACGGCUGUGUCCUCAUCAAGGGCUGUGCUCCAGACACACACAGAUACUUCGAAAAGAAGUUGUUCGAAUCACCAAACGGUGCUAACAACAAUAAGGAAGACUACCCAAUCAGAAUGGUCCUUUCAUCAUACUACAAGGGACAGACUGGUUCAAUGGGUAUCCCAGAUAGAAUGUCUACUUGCGACAAGUGCACAACAACUUGUGGUGGUUGCAAGGAUAGACCAUAUGUUAAGGCAUACAAUCCAUCAGCUACUUCUUAUCCAGGUGGUUACGGAUAUACUUAUGUCCACCGUGAUCAAGAGAUCAUCAACGCCAUGCGUAACUGGAUGAAAUGA